ACUUGUCAGAAAAAUAGGUUAGAAUAAGAAGAUCUGUGGUUAGAAGCGGAGUUAUUUUUUACAAUUUUGUAAAGUUUCUCCCCGCAAAUAAUUUAAAAUUACGCAAAAAUGUCGAAAUUCAGGCAUGUGAGUCAUGUGAUUUUUGAUAUGGACGGGCUCAUUUUGGACACUGAAGGGGUUUAUAAGAAUGCAAUCGCUACCAUUGCCCGACGUUUCGGCAAAACAUAUACAAGCGACAUUGUAGCCAAAAUAACUGGCACAGUGGAAAAAGAAUCAGCGCGGAUCGCCGUCACGGAAAUGAAACUCCCCAUGCCUGCUGAAGAAUUUCAACAUGAGUUUCGUAGCCUUUCACAUGGUUUUUUUCAGAAACAUGCCAUUCAACUCAUGCCAGGAGCAAGAAAUCUGAUUCAACACUUAGCCAAACAGAAUGUACCCAUAGCGGUUGCAACAUCGUCCUCUUUAGAUAGUUUCGAGUUAAAAACUGCAAAACAUAAGGAACUUUUCAAGCUCUUCGAUCACAUCGUGUGUGGGGGCACUGACCCUGCGGUGAAAAACGGAAAACCGGCACCUGACAUAUUCUUAGUUGCUGCAACAAGAUUUCCGGAUAAACCGAGCCCUGACAAAUGUUUAGUGUUUGAAGAUGCCCCAAAUGGGGUGCAGGCCGCCGUCAGCGCUGGCAUGCAAGUCGUAAUGGUGCCCGACGAAAACGUUCCAGUAGAGGCAAGGAAAAAUGCCACCUUAGUAGUGAACUCACUAGAUAAAACUCCCUUGGAGCAAUUCGGACUUCCUCCAAUAAAAUAAAUGACCUGAAUGCAUCCAAAUUGUUUCUCUUGGAAAUAAAUAGUUGUUGUUCUA